UGAAAUUAGGCUUUAGAAUUAUGUUGAUGUACAUAUAUAGAAAAAGAGAAAAAAGUUCAAAAGGAGUAAGUGUCUACAGUGGGUCGUUUGAUGCCAUCUGGUUCUUUAUUUGAACCGGACGCCUCGCACGGACUCACUUCACUCCCUCACACUCCAUAGUCGCCAUGCUCCCCAUGCAGCAACCGCUCAUUCUCUUCCUCCUCCUCUUCGUCGUCUCGACCACCUAUGCCCUCGCCUCCGGCGCCGACGCCGAUGCCGGCGCGGCAACCUACAUUGUCUACCUGAACCCCGUGCUCAAGCCGUCCCACUAUGCCACGCACCUCCAUUGGCACCACGCCCACCUCGACUCCCUCUCCCUGGACCCGUCUCGCCACCUCCUCUACUCGUACACCACGGCCGCGCCGUCCGCAUUCGCCGCCCGACUCCUCCCAUCCCACGUUGCGGCGCUCCGCAGCCACCCCGCUGUUGCGUCGGUCCAUGAGGACGUCCUCCUCCCGCUCCACACCACGCGCUCCCCUUCGUUUCUCCACCUCCCGCCGUACAAUGGGCCUGAAGCGGACGGCGGGGGUUCCGACGUUAUCAUCGGCGUGCUCGACACCGGCGUCUGGCCCGAGAGCCCCAGCUUCGGGGAUGCCGUUCUGGGACCCGUGCCGUCUCGGUGGCGCGGGAGCUGCGAGACCAAUGCCACCGACUUCCCCUCCUCAAUGUGCAACCGCAAGCUCAUUGGCGCCCGCGCCUUCUUCCGGGGCCUCUCGGCGAGCGGUGGGAAUGGCUCUCGCAUCAGUUCUGACCUCAUGUCGCCAAGGGACCGUGACGGGCACGGCACGCACACCGCGUCCACGGCAGCCGGGGCCGUCGUGGCCAAGGCAAGCCUCUUCGGGUACGCGUCGGGCACGGCUCGGGGCAUGGUUCCCGGGGCACGCGUCGCGGCGUACAAGGUGUGCUGGAGGCAGGGGUGCUUCAGCUCUGACAUUCUGGCGGGCAUGGAGCAGGCCAUCGAUGACGGCGUAGAUGUGCUCUCGCUGUCGCUCGGUGGCGGCGCGUUCCCGCUAUCGCGCGACCCCAUCGCAAUCGGCGCGCUCGCGGCCACCCGCCGCGGCAUCGUCGUCUCGUGUUCCGCGGGGAACAGCGGGCCGUCCCCGUCGUCCCUGGUGAACACUGCCCCGUGGAUAAUCACGGUCGGCGCGGGCACGCUCGACCGAAACUUCCCGGCGUACGCCGAGCUCGGAAACGGCGAGACCCACGCCGGCAUGUCUCUCUACUCUGGCGAUGGGCUCGGUGACGACAAGUUCCCUAUGGUGUACAACAAGGGCAUCCGCGCGGGCAGCAAUGCGAGCAAGCUCUGCAUGGAGGGCACGCUGGACGCCGCGGUGGUGAAGGGCAAGGUGGUCCUGUGCGAUCGGGGCGGCAACUCGAGGGUGGAGAAGGGGCAGGUAGUGAAACAGGCCGGCGGUGUCGGGAUGGUGCUCGCGAAUACCGCCCAGAGCGGCGAGGAGGUCGUGGCGGACAGCCACUUGCUCCCGGCGGUCGCCGUCGGCGCCAAGAGUGGCGACGCCAUAAGGAGGUACGUGGAGUCGGACGCCAACGCGGAGGUGGCGCUAACCUUCGCCGGCACCGCGCUCGACGUGCGCCCGGCGCCGGUGGUGGCCGCGUUCAGCUCCCGUGGGCCGAACAGGCAGGUGCCGCAGCUACUCAAACCGGACGUGAUCGCCCCGGGGGUGAACAUCCUUGCCGGGUGGACAGGGUCCCUCGGGCCGACCGGGUUGAUCGCCGACGAGCGGCGGUCGCCGUUUAACAUCUUAUCAGGGACAUCCAUGUCGUGCCCGCACAUCAGCGGCCUCGCGGCGUUCGUGAAGGCGGCGCACCCGGACUGGAGCCCCAGCGCCGUCAAGUCUGCGCUCAUGACCACCGCGUACACCGUCGACAACACCGGCUCGCCCCUCCUCGACGCCGCGACCAACGCCACGGCCACGCCGUGGUCCUUCGGCUCCGGCCACGUGGACCCCGUCAGGGCCCUUUCCCCGGGCCUCGUCUACGACGCCUCCGUCGACGACUACGUCGCUUUCCUCUGUACCGUCGGCGUCUCGCCGCAGCAGAUCCAGGCUAUCACGGCGGCGGGCCCGAACGUGACGUGCACGCGCAAGCUGUCCAGCCCCGGGGACCUCAACUACCCGUCCUUCUCCGUCGUGUUCGCCCGGGGGUCGCGCAGCACCGUGAAGUACCGGCGCGAGCUGACCAACGUCGGGGACGCCGGAGCCGAGUACACCGUCAAGGUCACCGGCCCCAGCGACGUCAGCGUGAGCGUCAAACCGGCGAGACUCCUGUUCAGGCUGGCCGGGGGCAAGCUCAGGUACACCGUCACGUUCAAGUCCGCGAACGCCAGGGGGCCCAUGGACCCCGCCGCGUUCGGGUGGCUGACGUGGAGCAGCGACGAGCACGAGGUCCGGAGCCCGAUAUCGUACUCGUGGGGGAUGUAGCACUGGUCGCUAACUAAACCAGCAUUUAGCCGUGCCGGUGGAGUGAUCGGCGGCGAUGAUGGGAGUGUUCCGGCGGCCGGAAAAAUUCUGUCUUCAGGCGAAGCUAGGCGCCCGUCAAUAAUGAUCUGAAUUUUGCUUGCUUCGCGAUUCAUUCACCAACUCGGAAUUGUAUAAGGCUGUAUUGAUUCGUUGUAUCAGCUGCCAGCCCAGCAAGUUACUGUAUCUCUUGAUCGAAUAUAAUCAGCUGCUGCCCGUGUUCUUAAUGGUUUUGUACUA